AUGACAAUAUUCUCUACUCCCUCUUCUCUCCCCUCUACUCUACUCUCUCACCCCUCCUUCCUCUCCCCUCUUCUCUACUCCCUCUCUCCUACACUACUCCAAUCUACUCUAUACAACUGCCCCCUCUAUUCCCUCUCUUCUACUCUACUCCCUCUCCCCUCCCCUCUACUCUAUCCAACUCUCCUCCCUCACCCCUCUUUCUCUCCUCCCUCUCCCCCCUUUCUCUCCUCCCUAUCCCCUCUUCCUCUCCUCCCUCUCCCCUCUUUCUCUCCUCCCUCACCCCUCUUUCUCUCCUCCCUCACCCCUCUUUCUCUCCUCCCUCACCCCUCUUUCUCUCCUCCCUCUCCCCCCUUUCUCUCCUCCCUCACCCCUCUUUCUCUCCUCCCUCUCCCCUCUUUCUCUCCUCCCUCUCCCCCCUUUCUCUCCUCCCUAUCCCCUCUUCCUCUCCUCCCUCUCCCCUCUUUCUCUCCUCCCUAUCCCCUCUUCCUCUCCUCCCUCUCCCCUCUUUCUCUCCUCCCUCUCCCCCCUUUCUCUCCUCCCUAUCCCCUCUUCCUCUCCUCCCUCUCCCCUCUUUCUCUCCUCCCUCACCCCUCUUUCUCUCCUCCCUCACCCCUCUUUCUCUCCUCCCUCACCCCUCUUUCUCUCCUCCCUCUCCCCCCUUUCUCUCCUCCCUAUCCCCUCUUCCUCUCCUCCCUCACCCCUCUUCCUCUCCUCCCUCUCCCCUCUUUCUCUCCUCCCUAUCCCCUCUUUCUCUCCUCCCCUCACCCCUCUUUCUCUCCUCCCUCACCCCUCUUUCUCUCCUCCCUCACCCCUCUUUCUCUCCUCCCUCUGCCCCCUUUCUCUCCUCCCUAUCCCCUCUUCCUCUCCUCCCUCACCCCUCUUCCUCUCCUCCCUCUCCCUCUCUUUCUCUCCUCCCUCACCCCUCUUUCUCUCCUCCCUCUCCCCCCUUUCUCUUCUCCCUAUCCCCUCUUCCUCUCCUCCCUCUCCCCUCUUUCUCUCCUCCCUCUCCCCCCUUUCUCUCCUCCCUAUCCCCUCUUCCUCUCCUCCCUCUCCCCUCUUUCUCUCCUCCCUAUCCCCUCUUCCUCUCCUCCCUCUCCCUCUUUCUCUCCUCCCUCUCCCCCCUUUCUCUCCUCCCUAUCCCCUCUUCCUCUCCUCCCUCUCCCCUCUUUCUCUCCUCCCUCACCCCUCUUUCUCUCCUCCCUCACCCCUCUUUCUCUCCUCCCUCACCCCUCUUUCUCUCCUCCCUCUCCCCCCUUUCUCUCCUCCCUAUCCCCUCUUCCUCUCCUCCCUCACCCCUCUUCCUCUCCUCCCUCUCCCCUCUUUCUCUCCUCCCUAUCCCCUCUUUCUCUCCUCCCUCACCCCCCUUUCUCUCCUCCCUAUCCCCUCUUCCUCUCCUCCCUCACCCUCUUCCUCUCCUCCCUCUCCCCUCUUUCUCUCCUCCCUAUCCCCUCUUUCUCUCCUCCCUCACCCCUCUUUCUCUCCUCCCUCACCCCUCUUUCUCUCCUCCCUCACCCCUCUUUCUCUCCUCCCUCUCCCCCCUUUCUCUCCUCCCUAUCCCCUCUUCCUCUCCUCCCUCACCCCUCUUCCUCUCCUCCCUCUCCCCUCUUUCUCUCCUCCCUAUCCCCUCUUCUCUCCUCCCUCACCCCUCUUUCUCUCCUCCCUCACCCCUCUUUCUCUCCUCCCUCACCCCUCUUUCUCUCCUCCCUCUCCCCCCUUUCUCUCCUCCCUAUCCCCUCUUCCUCUCCUCCCUCACCCCUCUUCCUCUCCUCCCUCUCCCCUCUUUCUCUCCUCCCUAUCCCCUCUUUCUCUCCUCCCUAUCCCCUCUUUCUCUCCUCCCUAUCCCCUCUUCCUCUCUGCCCUAUCCUCUACUCUAUUCUACUCUCUAUCCUUUACUCUACUCUAUCCAACUCUCCUCCCUCUCCCCUCUUCCUCUCCUCCCUCUCCCCUCUUUCUCACCUCCCUCACCCCUCUUUCUCUCCUCCCUAUCCCCUCUUUCUCUCCUCCCUAUCCCCUCUUCCUCUCUGCCCUAUCCUCUACUCUAUUCUACUCUCUAUCCUUUACUCUACUCUAUCCAACUCUCCUCCCUCACCCCUCUUCCUCUCCCCGCUCUCCCCUCUUUCUCUCCUCCCUAUCCUUUCUUCCUCUCCUCCCUCUCCCCUCUUUAUCUCCUCCCUCUCCCCUCUUUCUCUCCUCCCUCUCCCCUCUUUCUCUCCUCCCUAUCCCCUCUUCCUCUCCUCCCUCUCCCCUCUUCCUCUCCUCCCUCUCCCCUCUUUCUCUCCUCCCUCUCCCCCCUUUUUCUCCUCCCUAUCCCCUCUUCCUCUCCUCCCUCUCCCCUCUUCCUCUCCUCCCUCUCCCCUCUUCCUCUCUGCCCUCCCCUCUACUCUAUUCUACUCUCUAUCCUCUACUCUAGCCAACUCUCUCUUCUCCCUCUCCUCUUCUAUAUACUCCUGUCUUCUUUUCCAUUGA